CUCUACCGAACAGCAUUUCGUCGAGCACCUUCCGCUCAGAAUGUGGAGGAAGACAAGGCUUCACAAUUCCGAGCAAAUCUCAUCGAUUCUUUCUCGAGCUGUUAAUUCGACGGAUUUCGUUUCGUCAAUUUCCAUUUUCUACUGUUGGAAUUCUUCUAGAUUCAAUUCCCCCUCCCCAUUUUCCUCUCCUUUUUCAUCAUCUUCUUCUUCUUGUUUUCGUGCUGGGACUGAACGGAACACUUUUCCUUCUGCCAGAGGUUUAUUUUCCCAAACCCUAGCCAGUACUUUUACGAGAGAUCAUGCAAAUAUAUCCGUGAAAAAUUACAACUUUUUCUGCUCCCUUUCGAAUUCCGCCGAGAAAUUACACUGCUGGAAUUGCGGCGCCAAGGGUGAGAAUACGACGCCGUUUCUCUUCUGCGUGGCCUGCCGCAGCGUCCAACCUGUUAAUGAAUCCAUCGACUAUUUCCAAAUUUUUGGGCUGGGAAGGGAAUAUAAAAUGGAAGUGCACGAAUUGGAGAAGAAGUACAAAGACUGGCAAAAGAAGCUGCAUCCUGAUCUAGUCCAUUCGAAAUCCCAGAGGGAGAGGGAGUAUGCUGCUGAACAGUCUGCUCGGGUUAUAGAUGCAUAUCGAACGCUUACUGACCCAUUGUCGAGGGCAAUCUACAUUGUGAAAUUAGAAGGUGUGCUUGUCGAUGAAGAAGAAAGGAUAACUGACCCCGAGCUGCUCGCUGAGGUUAUGGAGUUACGGGAGGCUGUUGAUGAAGCCGAAGACAGUGGGGCAUUAAAAAAGAUCCAGAGUCAGUUGCAGGAAAAAUUGCAAUGUUGGUCUAACUCAUUUGACGAUGCGUAUGUGAGUAAAAACUAUGAAGACGCGUUGGCUUCAAUACGCAGGAUGACUUACUAUAGACGCACCAAUGAAGAAAUCGUGAAGAAGCUUUAAUGCAGGGCGAGAGAAUGAAGAAUUGUUGCCACGAAAGGCUACUAAUCUCGUUUUAAUUUGCAAUUGUGUUAAGGUCCGUAAGUCCAGCAUCGAAAACUCGAAGGGCGAGGCAAUAAGCAGAAGAAGCAAUAGCCAUUCAGAAAUAGCACUCUGGACAAGGAAAAAAUUAUUUACUUAGCUUGGACUAGUUUAUGGUGUUUCAUAAAUUCCCCAUACCAACAUAUUUAAUUGGAAAAUUAAGUAAAUAAAUAAUAUCCCUUGUUUUAAAUAGCAGAUUACGUUGUCUUAUAUUUUGUUCUGAAUAAUACUCCCCAUACCAACAUAUUUUUGAUUUUUUUUUU